AUGAUGAUUUUAUUCACUCUUUUUUGUCUUGUGAGCAUUACUCACUUUGCGAAUGCAAAUCCGGCGAAAACUGCAGUAUGUAUGGCUCCAGUUGCUGCUGGACCAACUCUAUGUUUUGCAGAGGACGUAUAUUUGUUCUGCCCGAAUGGAUACCGAUGUGUUAAGGGAAACUAUUAUUUGCUCUGCUGCAAACACGUAUAA